ACACACUAUACACAAUCCACUCUCUCCUCUUUGUGCUCCCAAACCAAACAUAACACUCACAAUACACAUUUUAACUCUCUCUCUCUCAUAUCUCUCAUCUCUCUCACUUCGUCUCUUUCUUUUUAAAUCCCAAAAAUAGCCUUGGUUGAGUCAAAUCUGUUCAUAACUUCCACUUCUUGUCUCAAAUCCCAAGCCUUUGUCUCCUCAUCAUCCUAACUAAGAAAAGGAUAUAAAGAAACCACACUCAGUUUCUGCCAGAAAUCAUGAGACCAAUUUUAGACCUCGAGAUUGAAGCUUCAUUGGACAGUAGCAGCAGCCAAGUAGCCUCAAACUUGUCUCUGGUUGGGGAAGAUUACAACAAACCCAUCUCUCUUAAUCUUAGCCUCUCUUUCAACAACAACAACAAUUUGGAUCUUGAAUCAUCGUCUUUGACAUUGCCACUUUCAAGCACAAGCGAGAGUAGCAACCCAGAACAGCAGCAGCAACAACAACCUUCUGUUUCGAAGAGAGUCUUCUCUUGCAACUACUGCCAAAGGAAAUUCUAUAGCUCUCAGGCACUUGGUGGUCAUCAAAACGCUCACAAACGCGAGAGAACACUUGCCAAACGCGCUAUGCGUAUGGGUCUUGCUGGGGUCUUUCCCGGGAGAGGAUCCAAUAGCAAUUACGCGGCUGCUGCCACAGCAGCAGCUCUAUCGUGUUUGCCACUUCACGGAAGCGGAAAUGCGAAUAUGACAUCUUUUAGGACAUUGGGAAUUCGAGCUCACGCCUCGUCCCAUGAUGUCAGUGGUAUUACAAGGCAGACACCAGAGACAAUUAUUAGAAACAUUGCCAGGUUCAACCAGGGGUAUUUUGGCAAUUGUAUGCCUUUUUACGUUGAGGAUGACGAGGCCGAGAUGCUUUGGCCAGGGAGUUUCAGGCAAGGGACCGGUGCGGUUGCCGCUGAAGCCGGUAAUGAUAAUCUAAGUGAAAGAAAAAUGGAUUUCUUGGAUGUCAAACAAGCGAUGGAUAUGGAGAGUACUUCUCUUCCCGAUCUAACCUUGAAGCUUUGAGUUUUCUUUUCUUUUCUUUUACUUUUUUUUUUGUUUUCUUUUGAAUUUGGAUUCUUAAUUUGGUUGCAAUGAGCAUCAUAACUCUAUUAUGCACAGUGAGAGUUUCACAAACUAUUUCUGAUAUGUUAUCAUUAUAUGGUCACUAUCGAUUGAUCGACCAAACAAAAAGUCAACUAUAGUGUUUGCUAAUGUGUAUAAAGCCACAGGGAUAUGUAUUUAAACCGAAUCUAAUGUUAAGUACCAUUAUACUAUCA